AUGAAUGGAGAGCCCGAUAUUACGGUGCUAGGAAGAGAUCGAGUUGAUCUUUUUUCUUUCCAAAAAGGGGAUAUCCAAUCCCUCCAAGGUCUGGAGGCCGGACCAAGGCUCUUGCGCAAAUUUAUGUUUGAAGAAAGCGAAAACAGUACCACCUCGAUUUUUCAAGACAUUGAUAACCAUCAGUCCGAGACCAAGGAGAUCAGAUGUGCGAACUCUCUGUUCUCCAUGAACGAGUUGUCUUUGGUCGAUAGAAAAUCCGAAGUUAACUCUCAACGGUCAUUUGAUGCAACCUCUCCGCUUCUGCCUAUCGAUAUCCGAUUAUCAAAUGACGAAAGCCCACAGAAUCCCCCUCUAGCCUGGAAAAGCAUAUCAAGUCAGUUCCUCGUGAUCGACGAUCCAGAAGGCGAAAUAAUUUCCACGGAAAAGUGGCGAUCUUGUCUGGGAGACUGCAGAUCAUCUUAUGUCUUCUAUAGUACCAGAAACCCAAAGCAGAUAUCGCAGACUGCGAACCAAACUUCAGGGAUCUUCAAAAUCCUCAGGAAUCCUGACUUGAGACAUCUGCUUAUUAUUAUCGAUGCCGAUGAUCUAAGGGACAACGGAAUAUCAAUCACGCCGAAGUCAUCAUGGGAGAAAAUAGCUGCGGAUAUAGUAGAUCUCUUCAAGCCCGCUGAAAUACCAGACUCUCCAGGUGAAUUUACGGCGACAGUCCAAUGGAUCAUUCGAAUUGGUUCCUCCGGCGCGGUCGUCUUGCGGCAGAAUCCGUCACUAAAUCAGCUCUACUUCGAUCUAGAGAAUGGUGCAGCUGUUGUGACACCACCAUACUCUGUACCUCGCCCGUCCCUCCAAGCUGCGUUUACAAGUGGAUUGAUAUACAGCGUGAGAAGCGAGAUAAAUAAUCACCCACGUCGAGCUCUAGCAGACAUUGAUCUUCGAGAACCGAUCACAAAAGGGUUAAGCAAUGUUCAAUCCCUCGCAGAAAAAAGAUUCCCUGCAUCCGAGAGACCCGAAAAUUGGUGCCCACAAUACCCGGACUUGGACUUCGAAAUGGAGCUAAUUCAGAACAUUGAAUGUUCUGAAAUACCAUCAACACCUGAAAAACGCGAGACAUGGUCCAUAUUCGAACAAUACGUGGAGCGAAGACCUCAUCCUCGACGCAGUUUGGAAAAGAAAAUCUUUGACCUAGCUGAAGGUAUUGUGAACGCCCGGGAAGAGGAUGGAUCACUAGCAUCUAUCCCCACAGCCAAGUUUGCCAAGAUGUCCGUAGCCGACAGGGAGGUAAUGGAUAAAUUCCAUUACAUCUCAAAUAAGGUGCAGGAAUAUCUUGCAAAGCCUCCCAAAAACCACUUUCUAUCGGAGUGUCACCAGGCUCUGGAAAAUCCUUUGGCACCAAACAGAUCAUGCAGAAGGUCAUACAAGGAAAGUCUGCCAGUAAUUCCAAGGAACGGCUCCAUCAACAGUCAGUCAAACUGA